AUGACUACGACGAUGACUACGAUGAUGACUACCAUGCAACUCAAGACCAACACCCGCAACCAACGACUCAACACCCUCCUCGCACGACCGCUUCCCCUCUGCACAUCAACCGAGUACAAACACGAAUACUACCGUCUGAUCUGGAAGCUGCGAGAGUUGAUCAACUGCCAUCCCAAAGACGUCCGACAACUCUGGAUGAUGAACCUGCUCACAGACGCAUUGGUACACCUCCCCACCACCAUUCUCCUCUCCCACCAAGACUCAUCACACUAACCUCUUCCACAGAAUGAACUCCUCAACAUGCACGACCCCACCUCCACACCCACCGACUCAAGAAAAGACGACAACCGCCGCUGGACGGACAUCAUGGUCCGCCGCACCAUCGUCGAACAGAUGUGGGAAGAGGACGAAUCCAUCACCUUCUACGACUGCUACGACGCUCUGCGGGAGGGCCGCAGCAAGGCCGCACAGGUCCGGCUCUACGACCAGGUGCGCACCUGCUGGGAGACUGUCACCGGCACAGACCUGGGGACCGAAUUCCGAAUCGCUACGUCCGCUGCUGCUUGA